GAUCAUUCUCAGCGAGUAGUGAGGUCAGAAUUUCCCAGGAUCUCCUCAGAUGUCCAGAAUCCACAGUACACGUCAGCUGGGAACACGAAUAUACAAGCACCAAGGGGCAGCAAACCUUCUCAAUCAGUGAUCAAGAUUUCCUUUGGAGGCCAGCAGUGGACGACAUACAGACACCACAGCGUUUAUACCAUGAAACCCCCGCUGUCCUGCAGUGCCACAUAUCAGGAUAUUACCCGGACGCCGUCACCGUGAAGUGGUUCAGGAAAAAUAAUCGUAAUCUUGAGUUAUGUGAAGAGUCUGAUGAGGUUUCAGUUCCAAAAAUCAGAUCAAGUAAAAACCCCGACAACACCUACAGCUGUACAGCAAGGCUAACGAUGACGCCUACACUGAGAAACCACCAGGGGGCAGAAUACAUUUGCCAAGUAGAACAUCCUUCUCUGGAAAAGGCAAUCAAGAAAAGCUCAGGAGGAAUCAACCUGCUGGCAAAACCUCAGCUGGAGUCAAUUGGGAAGACGCUGCUUGAGCAUAUGUCGAUUCGGUUUUCCUUGCAUCUUAAGACUUUUUACCCAAAAGACAUCAAGGUGAAGUGGCAUCAUGGGGAGGAGGAUCUCAGAGAAGGGGUGAAGAGGGGGACGAGACACACAGAAACGUUCACAGAACGGGAAGAUUCAUUGUUCGAUGUAAUCAGUGAAUGUUGUCUAUUUGCACCGAGCUUUGGAGAUCCGCAGUAUAAAGCGUAUGUAACCUGGGAGCACGAGUCCAUGGACGGACCUGAGACCAGGAUGUUGUGUGUGAGAGAUUUGCCCUGGACCCCAUUUGUGGAAGAUAUAUUUGUUCUCUGGUUGAUAGAUAAUGAAAGAACCAGGAUGAUGUGUCGGAUUUACAACUAUUUUCCCAACAAACUGACCGUGUCCUGGUAUAAGAAGCAAGAUGGAGCUGUGUCUGCAGUGCAGGACUCUGAGGACAUCACUACUGAGGUUUCUCCACCUGAAAUGAAAAACAAGACAUUCGGCUGUACAGCAACUUUAUGGUUUACUCCAGAUGCGGAGAAGGACGAAGGGUCCGAAUUUAUCUGUAGGGUGGAGCAUCUCAGCCUCGAGCAUCCUAUAGAGAAAAGCACCGGACCCCUCCAUAUAUCCAGGCCUGGUGAUUAGACACCUGGAUUUCAGCAACAUUUUUAUAUUUAUGCACCUAAAAGGUCUUAUCGAAAGAGACAACUCUUAGAAACCUAAGUCAACGGAGAUUAAAAGUGAGGCUCUCAGAAUACGUAGAGAGAUAUAACCACUACU